CCCACCUCGAUUUUCUUCGCUCAAAUGCUCUUCAACAAUUUUCUUGUCCACCAGAUUCCCAUCCUCUCUUCCUUCCUUUUCACAAGAUUUGUUUAGGUCCACUUCGCGCUUUAAACAUGCAACUGAAAAAUUUUCGGUGACAGUUUACAAGUUUGGGUUGACCGUCACUAGAACUCUUCUCUCCUUCCUAUCUCUGCCACACAAUGGCAUCGACCACCGAAGAGCUGCCUAUCGAGAAACCGACAGAGCAAAAUCUCGUGGACAAGACGUCUUCCUCGACGGUCGAGGAGCAAGAGUUGCCUGCUCACCGCAGCCAUGAUCCUCAGUACAAUCAGAAGCGAAGCGAUCCUUUCCAAUUUGGAUCCCGUUACUUGCAAGAACAGGACAACGUCUUCGAGUUCAACGCGUGGGAUCAUGUGGAGACUGACGACACGUACAAGGAGUACGCCGAGCAGCAGAUCCAGAUGCAGCGCGAGUCGCCAGUCUCCGACUUUGACAAGACGAGGUUCAACUCUGACCCUGCAAAAUGGUGGAACCUCUUCUACAAGAAUAACACUGCCAACUUCUUCAAGAACCGCAAGUGGCUUCAACAAGAGUUCCCCAUCCUGGGUAAGAUCACCGAAGGAGAUGCCGGUCCCGUGACCAUUCUAGAAGUUGGAGCGGGUGCUGGAAACACCGCAUUCCCCAUCCUGGCCAACAAUAAGAACCCAAAACUGAAGGUCCAUGCCUGUGACUUCUCCAAAAAGGCUGUCGAGGUUAUGCGUGGCCACGAAGCAUACAACACUGAACAAAUGCAAGCAGACGUGUGGGACGCUGCCGGUGAAGAUCUCCCUCCGGGCUUGGAAGAGGGCUCAGUCGAUGUCGUUCUCAUGGUCUUCAUCUUCUCUGCCUUGUCCCCUUCGCAGUGGAAACAGGCAGUCCAGAACAUAUACCGAGUCCUGAAGCCAGGAGGCGAAGUCUGCUUCCGCGACUAUGGAAGAGGUGACCUCGCUCAGGUACGGUUUAGGAAGGGCCGGUACCUUGACGAAAACUUCUACAUCCGAGGAGACGGCACACGCGUCUACUUCUUUGACAAGGAUGAACUCCACAAGAUAUGGUCUGGCGACAUAUUCUCUGAAAAUGAAGAAACAUCAGAUGAGACUCCAUCAGAUAAGAAAGCGCGAGCACAAAUUCCCAGCUUCGAGAUUGAAGAUCUGGGGGUUGAUCGAAGACUCUUGGUCAACAGGGCUAAGAAGCUAAAGAUGUAUCGUUGCUGGAUGCAAGGUCGCUUUAGAAAAAAAUGAACUCGUCCAGAAGCUGCCGUCUUAUCCAUCUCCAAACCGUACAAUCUGUCCAAUGGAUAAUCAAAGUUGGGUACCUCAUGCCGAACCAUCAUCAUGGCAUGAACCUUCAGGCAGACCAAAUUCCACGUUGUUGAGCUCAAUGUGCGGCACAACAGCUAGAGCCGCACAAUGGCUUGAACGAACAACUACAGACUUCUCAAACCAGCGUAGCGAUUUCCACACGCUUUUUGAACCCUU